AUGGAUUCUAACAACACAGAAAACGAGAGAAGAGAACACAACAUGAGAUUGUUGCUGUGUUGCAGUUUACCUUCUUUAUCAUUUCAUUUCGUCGUCUUUUUACAAUACUUGGAUGAAAUUAAAAAAAUCAAUUUUGCCGAUUCUCAAUUUGCCAUUUUCAGUCUCAUCAUGCCGAGCGAGACGAGCCAAUUCGGUAUCGAAACCGAUUCGAUCACUUUGCAACGCUUCGUGCUCCAGGAACAACGGAAGCAUGCCGACGCCAGCGGAGAGCUCACCAGCUUGCUCACUAACAUGCUUGUUGCCAUCAAGGCUAUUUCCUCGGCAACACAGAAAGCCGGACUUGCCAAAUUGUAUGGAAUCGCUGGUUCCACGAACGUUCAAGGAGAAGAAGUGAAGAAGUUGGAUGUAUUGAGUAACGAAUUGAUGAUCAAUAUGCUGAAAAGCAGUUACACAACAUGUCUCUUGGUUUCGGAAGAGAACGACGAAUUGAUUGAGGUCGAGGAAAAGAGACGCGGAAAAUACAUCGUCACUUUCGAUCCAUUGGAUGGUUCGUCGAACAUCGACUGCCUCGUCUCGAUCGGAACUAUUUUCGGAAUUUACAAAAAGCGUGGAGAUGGACCACCAAUUGUGGAUGACGUUCUGAAACCAGGAAAAGAAAUGGUGGCCGCUGGUUAUGCUCUCUACGGAUCGGCUACAAUGGUCGUUUUGUCCACUGGUGAUGGUGUCAAUGGAUUCACUCUCGAUCCCUCGAUUGGAGAAUUCAUUCUAACACACCCAAACAUGAAAUGCAAGGAAAAGGGAUCCAUCUACUCUCUCAAUGAAGGAUAUGCCAAAACAUGGAGCAAGGGUCUCGCUGAAUACAUCCGUACUCGCAAGGAGCCAGAACCAGGAAAGAAGGCAAUGGGACAGAGAUAUGUCGGAUCGAUGGUGGCUGAUGUUCAUCGAACUAUUCUCAAUGGAGGAAUAUUCUUGUAUCCACCAACUGCUUCUGCUCCAACUGGAAAGCUCCGACUUCUCUACGAGUGCAACCCAAUGGCCUAUAUCAUCGAACAAGCCGGAGGAUUGGCAACAACUGGAAAAGAACGUAUUCUUGACAUCCAACCCACUGCUAUUCACCAACGUGCACCAAUCAUUCUGGGAUCUAAGCUCGACGUUGAGGAGGCUCUGGAAUAUCUUGCCAAAUAUGACGACUAA